AUGAGAAAAAUCCAGCGAGAGCGUCUCAUCACUGAAUUCUCCAACGCACUGGGUGUUUUACAGAAAGUUCAGCGUGAGGUUGCAAAGAAAGAGAAGGAGUUUGUGGAACGUGUCCGUGCGAGCUCAAGAGUUUCAGCUGGUGAUCCAAAUGAUGGCUUCGGAGGAAUUGCGUCACCCUUUAAAAGUUUUGAGAUUCAGGCUCAAACUCAGAGCUAUGAGGAGAACUUCACAGAAGAAGAUCUGCAGCUCAUUCAGGAGAGAGAAUCAGCGAUCAGACAGCUGGAGUCGGACAUUACAAAUAUUAAUGACAUCUUCAGAGAUCUGGGGAUGAUGGUGCAUGAACAGGGAGACAUGAUUGACAGUAUAGAGGCCAAUGUAUCAACAGCAGAGGUCCAUGUGCAGUCAGCAACACAAAAUCUGAAUAGAGCAGCAAGUUACCAGACGUCAUUCCGCAAGAAGAUCUUCAUCUUCAUCGCUAUUCUGGUUGUGGUGGCUGUCAUUAUUGGUUUGAUUGUCUGGGCGUCUCAGAAACAAUGAGUGUGUGUCAACUCCAUCUGAUGCCUCACAGCAUUUGCACUGGCAUGUUGUCAAUGACUUGCAGAGGUUUGUCACCAAGAGAAUCUGACUUGACUUUUAGCUGCACUUAAGAUAUUGUCUUUAAUGGAAUAUUUAAUAACAGCUUAACUCUAUGAAGGGCAUAUUUGGUGUGCUAUUCAUUACCACAGAAAAUAAUAAAAUAAUGCACUAACUUUCAACAUUCCACAGAGACUGUACAUAAAGCUUAAAGGGAUAGUUCACCCCAAAAUGAAAAUUCAAUCAUUUAACCUACUCGCCCUCAAGUUGUUCCAAACCUGUGUGAGUUUCUUUCUUCUGUUGAAGUGUGUUGGAAACCAGAUUGUUGACGGCACCCAUUGACUUCCAUAGAAUUUGUUACCAAUCUAUUGAAUUCAAUGUGGCCCAUCAACUGUCUGUUUACCAACUGUCAUGAACACUGUUAUCUUUUAUUUUUUUUUUAUUUUCAUGGACUUUUAGUUUCUCACUUUGCCUUUAUCCUUGUGGAUUACCUGAGUUUGUUGUCAUUAAAAGGCCUGUUUUGUUUAUUGAACUCUUUUUGGACUCUCCUUCAUCCUCAUCUUCUUCAUCUUGUGACACUAACAUUCUUCAAAAUAUCUUCUUUUGUGUUCAACAGAAGAAAGAAAUUCAUACAGGUUUGGAACAAAUUGAGGCUGAAUAGAUGACAAAAAUUUCAUUUUAAAUAAUUUGCCAAUGCCACUAUUAACUAAUAAUGAUGCCAUUUCCAGCUCUGUGCAUCUUCCACACAUCUGAAUUGUUCUAGAAGCAAGCCUUUCUUAUAGUAAAAUUCCCUAAAGAUACAUUUUCAAUGUUUGAAAAUAGCACAAAUUAAUGUUUUUUAUCUGUCAGUUAGUAUAAAGCCGCUGCUAUAAAGAUGUUUAAGGGCACUUGACUUUUAAACUGUUCUCAAACACUUUAUUUGAAGAAAGACACUGUGAAUACAGUGCCAGUCAAAACAUUAGAUACUUGACACUUGAAACCAUUUCUCAUCAUCUUAACUUUUUGAUCUGAAGGCUUUUGCUUAAAUGAUCAAAAAUAGUUUUAAGUUUAGGUAUUGGAUGGAUUAAGGGAUGUAGAGUAUUGUCAUUCAGAAUAAGGCAUUAAUAUGUGCUUUAUAAAUACUAAUAAACAGUUAAUAUCCAAGUAAUUUGCAUGCUUAUAAUAAUUUGCAGUUCAUAGUGAGAAUUGGAGCAUAAACUAACGUGUUAUCGGAAAGUUUUGGGGGGGUUUUAUUUAAUUUUUAUACAUUAUGGUCACUACAUAAUUUGCUAUAGUGGCUUUACUGUUCAUCUAAAUGAUAUGAAAUAGUCAUAAAUAAUGAGUAGAUAUGAAUACUAAUUUGACUGGUAGUGUCAGAUUCAUUCAGGUCCACUGUGUAAGUAUAUAUAUAUAUAUAUAUAUAUAUACUGUAUAUAUGCAUGCACAAAUGAAAAGGUUGCACUCUAUUUUUUGAUUUUUGUAUUUUUUUUUUUUUUAAAUGAGUAAUAAUUAUACAUAUAUGUGAAUCUUUGAAAGCACAAAGCCAGAACAAUUUUAUGGAUUACAUGGAUUACAAUGAAAUGAAAUGUUCAGCUUAUUAAAUUACCCUGAAAAGUCUCUCAUAUCCAGGAGAAUGUAAAGCUUACUGCAUUAUAAGUAGAUGAAUUCGUAAUGCACGUCGCAUUUCCCAAUUCCUUUUAAUCUUAUUAAUCACUAACCAUGUAUCAUGUCUCACUGUGCCAAAGCUUCUUUGUAAAAUUAUUUUUAAAUGGAUGCUGCAAUGAUUUACAAUUUACAAUGUUACUACAUUUUUGUAGUACAUUUUGUCUAACAUUUUUACACAAAUGUUAUAUAACCUAAAAAGAGAACAAAGUUUUGAACAGGUAGACACUGGAUGCGAGCUAAAUCAGGUUUAUCCAGUUGACUCAUUGUGAAAGGAAAUAACCACUAGAUGGAGAUAUUAUCAAAUGUGGAGUUGCACAUUCAGCUCAGCUCUAAUGGCAAGCGGUUGACCUUUAACCUGCUCAUACACAGGGUUGCUUUCAGUAACUUGCUAAAAUGAGUAGCCUAACAAAUGCAGAAUUCUUGCUAAAGGGGUGCCUAAUUAAUUUAUAAAUUAAUGAUUAGUUUUUUUUAUAAAUUUAAAGAAAUAAUAAAGAAAUGUAUAAAUUUCUUUUUUUGUCAUUAGAUAUAUCUCAAAUGUAUAUAAAUCUCAAAACCUGAAAUGUUUAUGUGGAUAGAAAUUAUGGCAAAUACAAGUUUAUAUGAGGUUAAUCCAGAGGUGUAUUUCUUUUAAUUCUGAAAUUAAUAAAACUCAAUUUGGGGUCUGA